AUGGGAGAGGGUUUAGGGGGUUACAAGGAAUAUGUCGCCGGAAUGAUGGCUGGUCUCGCCACCGUCGCCGUUGGCCACCCUUUCGACACCGUCAAGGUGAAACUUCAGAAACAUAAUACAGAUGUGCAAGGGCUCAGAUACAAAAAUGGACUCCAUUGUGCUUCAAGGAUCCUGCAAACUGAAGGGGUGAAAGGGCUUUAUAGUGGAGCAACAUCGUCGUUUUUGGGAAUGGCCUUUGAAAGUUCGUUAAUGUUCGGCAUAUACUCCCAGGCAAAGCUGUUCUUGCGGGGAACUUCACCAGAUGAUGGGCCACGACCAGAAAUUAUUGUUCCAUCUGCUGUGUUUGGAGGAGCCAUUAUUAGUUUUGUAUUAUGUCCAACAGAGCUAGUGAAGUGUAGAAUGCAGAUCCAAGGCACGGAUUCUUUGGUUCCUAACAUCCGCAGAUACAACAGUCCUCUUGACUGUGCCGUUCAGACUAUUAAAAAGGAAGGGGUAACAGGUAUUUUUCGCGGUGGUUCAGCGACAUUGUUAAGAGAAUGCGUUGGAAAUGCUGUCUUUUUCACUGUCUACGAGUACUUACGGUAUCACAUCCACUCGAAGCUGGAGGAUUCUAAGCUGAAAGGUGGUUACUUGGUCGACAUGGGGAUAGGAGUUCUCACUGGUGGUCUUGGAGGCAUAGCUUGCUGGUCAGCUAUUUUGCCUCUUGAUGUAGCGAAAACCAUUAUCCAGACCUCUCCAGACAAAGCUACUGAGAGAAAUCCUUUGAAAGUGUUGAGCUUGAUUCACAAGAGAGCUGGAAUCAAGGGAUGUUAUGCAGGUUUGGGUCCAACCAUCGUUAGAGCAUUCCCUGCUAAUGCAGCUGCAAUCGUUGCUUGGGAGUUUUCAAUGAAAAUCUUGGGAAUCAAACGUGACUAG